CCUUCGUUCCGCUGUUAUAAACAAAGUUAGGAGUUAAUGUGAGUGUAUUUGAUGAAAGAUUUCAGGUAUCAUCAGUGAUCCAGUUUUCCUUGUAUAUAAAGACGAAAAGACAUCAAGCAUAUAUAUUAGUCUGCUGUUACCAUGACUGAUAUUCAAGCAGUCUCCUUCAGUGGAAAAGUCGAAGGAGGUACAUUUGCUUUUUUGCUUUCCUGUGACUCGGCCAGCGUUGAUACACUGUGUAACACUGCUGUUUCCUUGGGUGCACUAUAUGGAUUGCAUGCAAUCAUCACUCGAAUUAUAGACAGCAUCGUCAAAAUAGCUAUGGGCGGUGAAAGAGAUGAUCAAGAAAUUUCCGAAACUCGCCAAAGCUCGUUGCGUGUUGUUUUGAACUGCUUUACAGACAAGAGAUUCGUAGAUGUUUGGCAAGAGUUUCAAUCCGGGGUAAUACUUGAUCGCUUUCAAAAAGGUUUUGAAGAUAACCAGAUAAAAGUUGAAGGAUUAAAGAUCAUCAUUAAAAACAUUGAAGAUGUGGAGAAAAAAAUCAAAGAAUUGAAAGAUAGAAACAGUCCUAGUAUCAUUGACGAUGUUGAAAAAAUGCAAGAAAGAAAUUUGGUGGGCCCGGUAUCCAAAAAGCAAAAGUUGGAUUAUGAAUUACACAUAGAGCAAUUGGAAACAAAAUUGAUGAAUAAAUUUGAGGAAAAUUUUCAGUCCUUUCAGUCCUUUCAAAAAACCUUUCAGUCCUUUCAAAAAACCGUAUUGAAUGAACUAGAAAAGAUUAGACCAUCUACCACAGUCCACAAGCAAUCUGAUUGGAAAGGGUACAUCAUCGUUUUGGGUGGUCAAAAUCAUGACGAUUGGUUAACUUCAGUCGAAUCAUUGUCUCUGACUGAAAAAUAUGAUGGAUGGGAGAUGUUGCCAUCUAUGACCAAAAUCAAGCAAUUUUUUUCAGUUGUUGUGAUUGAAUCAAAAGUCUGCGUCAUUGGUGAUUCAGACUGUAUAGAGAUGAUGGACAUGGCACUGAAUCCUUUUAAAUGGAUAGAAUUAGAUGCUAAAUUACCAUUUAUUUCUCGUGGGCAUACAGCUGUUGAACACCAAAAGAAAAUUAUCUUUAUUGGUGGAUACAAUGUCACAAAAGGUUCAUAUUCCGAUGAAGUUUAUGGAAUUUCGUUGUUCGAACCUUACUCUAGUGAACUAUUGUGCAAACUCCCACGGAGAAUGGCAUUUCAUUGCUCUGUGAAGGUGAACUCCAAAGUUUUUACUUUUGGUGGAAGCAAUGAUAAUGGCAUAUACGAUGAUGUAAUAGUGCUUGAUUUAAAAACAAACUCAUGUAAAAUGGUCUCAAAACUGCCAUAUCCAUGCAAAAAGAUGACCCCUCUCUUACGUGAUGAAAAGAUUUUUCUUCUUGGGGGUGAAAGUGCUUGCAAUAUCCGAAAGGAUACCAUCGCCCAGUUUGACAUUAAAACAAAUUCUUGUGGGCCGGUCAUGGAAACUGCCAAAGCAAAGUAUGGUUGUGCAGCCGUUGUCAACGAAGAAGUGAAUGUCGUUUUGGGAGGUUUCAACAAAAAUGGAGCACCAACAAAUGAAGUCUGUCGUUACAACCACAAUUUUUUUGAAUUGGGGGGAUGGGUGCCUAAUUUCAAUGAAGCACGUGGUAACCAUGUUGCAGUUAGCUGCUUAUUUAACUGACUUUAUUUUCACAGUUUUUCAAACAACAACUAGCACCUUAUGCACUUACAAACUUUGUUAUCAAUCUUACAAUAAUAAGUUAUUCCUUUAUUUGCACUUUUUAUGUUAUUUCCUAUAUAGCGCAUGUUUGCUAUUAAAUCGCAUAUUUCAAUGUAUGAAAUGUUUGUGAUUGAAAUAAAACUUGGUAUUUUGUGGAAUAUA